GGAGCGUCAGGUUAUCAGUGUCCUUUGACCUGGAAGCAUUGCUUCUACUAUCGUCAAGCUUUCUGGCGUUUUUGUGCUGAUUUCUCCGCUGUUCAGCCUUCUCAUCGACGAAGCCUUUUGUGAAGAAUGGCAUAAACACCUCAGCGAUCAAAGAGAAACAUCUGACUGGUACCAUGUGACCUGGACUUCAAGAUGGGGACACUGAAAGCUGCAAACGACUUACUCAUUCUGAGGCAGUUUGAGGAGGCACUGGAUCUUUGCAAGAAUGAAUUGAAGGGCCUUCCAGAUGACAAAAGAAAUGGUACGUUGGCCGAGUCUCUGUCAGUUGUAGCAGUUCAGGCUUUUGCAGAGCUGAAUCGCUGGCAGGAAGUCCUGCCAUUUGUACAAGACGUGUUCGGUGGAUUGGAAAAGAUCCCGCCACAAGUGCUGCAGCUAUGCAUUGCUCUGCAUUCUAAGAUGCAAGACUUUGCGCCUAUCACCAUGGUAACAGAGGCAUGGCUGGCCGCCCCCCAGAACCAGGAGGCAGGGGGCCUGACCAGGGUGGCUGAGGCCUACAUCCUACUGGUCCUCCUGCCGCACAGCAAGUUUGAUGACAUCAGAGCCCUGGUGGAGGGCCAUCCAAUCAUCACGGAGGACAGGAGAAAAGCCUUUCUCCAAUUGGUAGAGGCUGAGGAGAGAUCUCUGGAGGAGAGGGAAGGCCAGACCAGUAGUCAAGGUGCAGACUCUGUAAACAAGCAACAAGGUGCCAUGGUGACUGUGAUGUCCUGGAUCAAAUACAACAUGUUACCAACACGUCCGGCCAGACCUGUGACAAUAGCAGUUCUUCUGGGAGUGAUUGGGGUUGUCCUAACUCUCACACUGAAGAGAAGGAAAGCUUUUCUUCAACUCCUUUGGUGAUUAGUAAACCAGUUCAUGUCAUCAGGUAGCAGACAGGACAUGGCUCCCAUGCUGACUACCCUGGGAGGAAAACUGGCCUGGCUGUGGCAGCAGCUUUUUGCACCUUAUCACAUGGCAAAUAGCUAGCUAAGAAUUUCACUGUACAUCUGAACCAUUUAGAUGUAUGCUGUGCAAUGCAGCAGGGGGUUUCCUGUGGUUUUAUAGCCUAGCUAUGUAGCUAAGGCAUUAUGUCACCUUGUUUUCUAGUGGAGCUUAAUCUUCUUAAUGCAAUUUGUAAGGCAUAAAAAUAAUUCAAUUUGUAGUCAUGUCUUAUCAUUCAGAAAUAAAAUUUUAUCAAAAUUCUGAUGUAUAAAGUUGUUACAUACAUAAAUUUGUGUUGGUAAGUCCAAGUAGUCAACCCUAGCCAAAUCCGUCAUGCAAGAACCAGUAGCGGGAUGAAGAGGUAGCCUCUACCAGGCACCUCACAUCACUGGAAAAAUAGUAGAAGUUGGCCGAAAUAAAGUAUACUAGCGAAGAUCCCGGGCCAUAGAAGAGCCAAUUCAUGACCCACGUGGGUCUUCUCUGGUAUACUUUAUUUCGGCCAAUUUCUACUAUUUUUCCAGCGAUCCGCGGUGCCUGGUAGAGGCUAAUGAAGAAGGGCAGGCAACAGAAACAAUUGGGAUAAUAAUAUCAAAGAAUUGACCAACAUGAUACAGUGGAAUGUUAAAACCUAAAAGGGUUUUCAGAUCAUCUGUGGUGUGUCAAUGGCACUGGUUGAGUACAGGGAUGGAUGAGUUGAAUGCGAUAUUAUUUCAUGGACAUGAACUUCAGCUAAGGGACAUAAAUGUAUGACAUGUUCUCACCAGCUAGAUUUUCUUUGGCUCAACUUUUUGGAGGAAUACAUAUUGUCCUGAACCAUCUCCAACUUCAACUGCACACACACACAUCAAAGACUUUAGACUGCGCUCAAAUCACAGCAUACCAUAUAAAAAAACACUGGACACAGCGGUCUCCUCCAACGCCUACUUUAUUGUUAUAAAAUAGGUUUUGUGGUCUCCCCAGCAAAGCAGACAUAACUACAAUAUUGGUACCUGCAUCCUAUCGCUCCUCCAUCUCUCCUUAGGUGUCCAGCUAAACUAGUCCAAAAAUAAUUUACAAUUUUUUCUUUUUAAAUCUGUGCUCAAUAGUGCUCUGUAAACAAAAUAAGAGCUCUGAUACAGAAUUCGCCUGGUACAUCCUUUCCAACAUACAGCACCUUCAAGGUUUUUUUUUUUUUAAGUUUUGUCCAUGGCACUUUAGUAACUUCUCCAAAUAUGACAAUGACACUGCGGUGUCUUGUGUACCUCCUUUUUGGUACAUCAGAGUUUAGUUUAACACCCCCUGCCAUUCUUUCCUGUGGCCAAGACUGGCAGCUGGGGUGUCAAACUGACACUUUGACCAGAACAGUUAGUUUGCCAACAAAGCAAGAAUUCCAGUUGGGAUGACUGACAAUUAACAGUUGAAAAUGGUUGACAAUGCCAUCUCUAUAUGGUGAAAGUAAAAGUAAAGUUCAAGUCACAAGUGCAUUUUUCUGAAAAUUCUUGACUAUAAUGUCAUGUACAAAACGAGCUUUUCAAAUUGCACAUGCAAUUGUUUUUCUUUUUAUCAUGCCAAUCACCCCAAACAAAAUAUUUGCACUGAACUGUUUUAUUUCCACCUCUCCUCUCUCCUCCAGGGGUCACUGUUUCAGGCAGGCUGGGAAAAAAGGCAGUUGAAACAGCGACCCCCUCGUCUGUCUCACAA